CAUUUGUCUGUGAAUGCAGAACAAAUGUCACGCAUAGGAAGACAAUCUGUACCACAUCCGCCUGUCAGAGCACCUCCUCUACUGAUCAAAACAGCAUUGCUUUUAGGCUAUUUGAUUGGAUAUUUCCCUUUUUUCAGGCGUGAUCUCAUUUCCUGUACAGUGACAAGCUAUAUUUAUUUAUUUAUGUAUCUGCUCGGGCUAGAAAUGUAAGCGACUGGCUUGUUACUGUAUAUAACAUAAGAGCUGGAUCACUGGAGACAGACGGAGUGUUUAUGCAGCUGUCAACUCGCGCCACUGCACGAAAUGGUUUGCAGAACGUACAUAAGCGUUAUUCUUUGAUAAAAAAGCGGCCUGGUUUUGAUGUAGCCCAGACCUACAAGAACUCUGCAGAACUGCCUCUCGUGGACGUUUGAAGACCUGUGGUUGAACUUCUCCUGACUGACAGGAUGUCCAUCACGGACCAUAGCCCCACCACCGGGGUCGUCACAAUUAUUGUAAUACUCAUUGCCAUUGCCGCACUGGGGGCUUUAAUUCUCGGUUGUUGGUGCUACUUGCGGCUGCAGCGCAUCAGUCAGUCUGAAGACGAGGAAAGCAUUGUCGGUGAAGGUGAAACCAAGGAGCCCUUCUUGCUGGUCCAGUAUUCGGCCAAAGGCCCGCGGGUGGAGCACAAGACCAAGCUCACCCCUAACGGCACCGAGAGCCACACCUAAGUCCUCUCAUCUCCCUUCACAAUGCAUACCGUGUCGUGUUUGCAGACUCUGUCAGUCUUAAAGAAUUUUAAACCUUACAGUGUCAAUCAACACUGAAAUGAACAGAGACAAACCUAGUGCAUGCAGUUGUCUAGUUGCUUUGACUUGAUUUUUUUCCCCCGCCCAUUUUGUGGUAGAGCCCUGUUAUAAUGUGAAAUCGACGACUGUGUGCGUUUUGUGCAAUGCUGUUUGUAAAGCCGUAACUGCGUUCUGAAGCGAAAUCAAAAUGAUUCUGAUUUCUUUGGUGGUGUUUUUACUUUAUUUUUUUCAUCCAGAGCUGGCUCUUGGAUUAAGAAAUUUGACAUGAAUUUUAAUGGACCGAUUUCAAAACCAUGUCAAAGUUUUAGAUAGUUUUGAAGCUUUCAUCCAGUUCAUUCCAUUUACUUUUAAAAAUAAAUGUUGUUUAUGGGCAACUAUGG